AUGACCGCAUCAACAGCCUUGCUCGAGGCUCGCGCCUCCAAGACCGCCGAGAUUUACGCCGACGCGCAUAAUCCACACCUUUAUCUUGACCGUGCUCGGAUUUAUGCGCAACUUGGGUUUCCGGAUCUGGCUGCGGCGGAUGCGUAUCGGGCUCUUUCGUUGUUGGAGUCUGUCGUUGAUCCGGACGGGUGCGAGUUUCAUGCCAGACGAGUUGAUCCUAAUGGGAAGAUCGAGCGUGGAGAGGCGGAGGAGAGGGAUGAGAAUGAAAAUGAGGAUGAUGAGGAUGAAUACGAGGAUGAGGAUGGAAUCCCCAUCACGCAAGACGAGUACGAUACCAUCAUUGGAGAGGUCUAUGCUGUGCUGGUCCGCAGUCUAGUCCGAUGUGGUUGCUAUCGCGAUGCGUUUGAAUUUGGUGUGCGCGGCAUGCAAGUACUGGAUGAGAUGGAAGACACGAAGCGCGACUCAUCUGCAGUGAGUAUCCUAAAUGAACAAAUCCAGACCCUCAAACAACUCUACCAGUCACGCACGGGCAUCCAAGGGGACCUCGAGCUGGACGCUAUCGACCCGGCUAUUCUACCAGCCCAAGGCUUUGCCCGGCGCAUUCUCUACCCCUGGAACGAGCAUGAGCCUGAUCGCCGCGCGCCGGAGGAACUCGCCUUCUUGAACGAACGACUGAAGGAGGUCGCUCCCAAGUGCGAGGUUCGCGCCGUGGCUCUCCCGUUACUUCAUGGAAAUACCCCGGAUGAGGAUGAGGUCUCGGUGCAGUUGGGUCUCUUUGCCAAAGAGAACAUCGCCGCCGAUGAGAUCAUUCUGCGAGAGACGUCGCUUUUGACCGCGACAAAUCGACUACAUGAUGAUCUGUGCGAUGCGUGUAAUGCGCCUCUUCCGGAUCUUUCAGCGGAGAAUGGCCCCGUGAGCUGUGAGGGCGGUUGCGCCGAUACGAUCUUCUGCAGUCAGGAGUGUCACGAUCGCGCGCAGAAAAUAUACCACGGGGCCAUCUGUGGAUUGGAAGAUGGGCUGGAAUCCAUUGGCAAGGAUAUUCCUGAUCCCAAAGAUAAAGCGGAUUAUCUCUACCUACUCCUUCUCGGUCGUGCUCUGGCCAUGUCCGCCACGCAGGAUGUUCAUGUCCUCGAUCUGGCCGAAGUCAAGUACAUCUGGGGCGAUUUCCACGACUUGGAUCUCACCACCCAGACCUCCUCUUCCUCUUCCUCUCAAGAAGACCAAAAAGACGAAGCUUCCACCCUCCCAUUCUCCUUCCAACUCAACAUCCUCCAACCCACCCGAUUCCUCGAAGAAAUGGAAAUCAACCCCUACACCUCCCUCCCCCGCUACGACACCUGGAUCCUCAACACCCUCUACGCCAAAUUCCGCGGCACCGCCUCCGGCCGCCUUUCCACCUGGGACGGCGGUCCCGAGCUCUGCGCCGUCCAUCCCCUCUGGUGUCUGGCGAACCACUCGUGUGAUCCCAACGUGCGCUGGGAAUGGGGCGGCGAGAUCACAUUCCGGGCGCGCAACGACGCCGAAACCGCCGUGUGGGCGCGCACGCUGGAGGAUGGACGGAUUGAAAGCCGCGGCCCGAAAAAGGGCGGAAUCGGCAAGGAUGAGGAGAUCCUGAAUCACUAUUGUGAUAUUGGGCUCGGGGUGAAGCAGAGGCGGGAGUGGGCGUCGGGGGCGUUGGGGGGCAAUUGUCGGUGUGAGAGGUGUAUUUGGGAGGCGUUGGAGGAUUGA